UCCUUAGUGAUGCUACUGAGCAUUUAAAUGAUAAGAGAAGUGAUAAGUGGGAAGCUUUACGUGCGAAGAGAUAUUUGAAAAGUUGAGAGCUGUGGAAAGUGAGAAACGGUUCAGUGAUAAUUAGAUCCGUCGCGUGUGGGAAUAAUUGAUAGAUUGAAGCAAAGUGCAUUCUUAAGAUUAAAAUAAAAUAUGCAGCAGGAAUUUUAUACUUCGUGUAUCAAAAUAAACGGGAUGCCUCUUCUUCCUCCACUAAUGACUGAUAGCGUUAAAGAAGAAAUGAAACGUUAUAAAUCUCUGGCAGUUAAAGUAGAAGAAAAGUUGAAAGAUAGACAAGUGAAAGGCUCUAUUAGGGAUAAAUGCGUACAAGCUGACAUGAUGGAAUCCACAGACACAUUGAAAAGUAUCAGGUACAGUUCCGACAGUGAUUUAUCCAAUUAUAAUACUACAAGUGACACCAAUAAUAGUGAUACAUAUUCCAAGUUGACUAUUGUUGAACCAACAACAAUAAGGCAGAACACUGGAGAGCCAGCAGAAGAGCAUGAUAUCGAAACCCCCACGUCAGACAUACAACAAUCACAGUCUCAAGUUCUUUUAGCAAAUAAAACUGUCGAUGAAUCAAAACCUACAACUCCAAGCACUGAUCAAAAUGUUAGCGCCAUAGAAGUAGCAUCAAAUAAAAACGCAGUAUCGUCAGAAAAUUGGAAACCUGAAGUGCCCAGGACACUGGACAUAGUUCCGAUAACAUUAAGUGAUCAAGAAGAAGUCACAACGGUUUCCAAGGAAAAUGAAAGUCUGCCUAAGUUAUCCCGUCAAGGUUCUUACAUCCUGGACACACCUAGCCCUAUUUUGCUCGCUCACAUGCAUACGGAAUUGACCGAUGAAAAUUAUACUCCUACACCUACCACUGCAAUAUCACAACGAAAAAAAUGGAACAUUGCGCAGCCUAAAGUGGAGUGGGAAAAUAAGCAAUUUGUAGCAGAGGACACAGAAGCAUCAAAUAAAUUAGAAUGUAAAGCGGAAGAAUCGACUUCUCAGCACACAAAAUCGGAUACUUUAACAGAGUCAUAUCAAGCAAUUAAUUCUGCCAGUUGUGCGGAAGCAGUGAUUUCUGAGCAACGUGCUGACACCACGCCAAUCAAGCAUAAUUAUGUAUCUAAUAUCGAUUUUACGAAGCAAAGUUCGUUAGAAAAAUCAAAUAGAGAUAGUGACACUAGUGUGUCGAAUGUUGCAAAUAAGUCGCAGGAGUCUACCGAGGAUGUAAAUAAUUCCAAAAAGCAAUUGUCUCAUGUAGAUGAAAACAAGUGUCAUGAUAAAGUAGAAGAUACUAAAAAACAUAAAGAUACAAGUGUCAAAACGAAGCCGUCUAUUACACCUGAGAAGCUCUUAAUAGUCUACAAAGAAAUCGAAGAAAUGCACAGAAAGCAAAUGAUGGAGCUGAUAAAUCGUCAGCGAAGAGAACAAUCGCUACUACAAGCGGAAUUUCAGAAACAACAAAUGCUUUUAUUAGCCGAAAUACGAAAGUAUUCAGUUUCCGGAGUGUCGCAUCCAGUCGUAUCGAGUCAGCCAAAGCAGUCGUUGCCAAGCAAGGAGGUGAAACUGGGAGACAACGUUAGCGAAAUGAAACAACAAAGAAACAUCAACUCCCCGGGCAAUUAUCGCGCGGGAGCGCAUUGUAAAUUACCGUCGGCGAACGUUAUCGUAUGCCCCCUGGAUUACAUUUCUUCCAAAAAUUUGUAUAUGCUGAAACACAAAUCCCCUCCUUUCAUCAUGAACACCUCUCCCACCGCUCUCGACCUGGACUUUGCGAGAAAGAUAGAUUUAUGCAACAUUACAUAUACUAAUAACAAUAAUAACGAUAACGAUAAUGAUCACAAUAGCAAUUACAAAUCGCACGAUCGUACUGUAUACAAGAGUUCAUCUGUCAGUCGGCAAUUAUUUCCCCUGGAAAGUAACACCACACACGUGCCGGUAUUGGACACUUCAGCAUAUCACGACAAACACAUACGGGCGGUAAAUAUCAUCAAUGCUUACACGCGAGGUUAUUUAGUGCGCAGAUUAAUGCGGACCGAACGUGUAAUCACAUUGAAAAGGGUGUACAAAGAGGCGUUGCAGUGUAUGCUCAAGUUGCACGUUGAUGCGCCUUUAAACUUGGCGGAAGUGGACUUCCUUCAUCGUCUCCAGUUACAAUGUGACGCAGCGUCUAUGAAUAUAGUGGAAUUGUUUGCCCAGUCGCCGUCAAAGAGAAUGCAAGCGAUCAUGCAGGAUCGCGAACUCCAGCAGUCUCGAGCGGAACGGCCGACGUCGGCUCGAUCGUAUUCGUUCGCCACUCAAAAGACUUUAGCCAGGAAAAAUCUGAGAGAAUUCGAAUCCACAAUGACAAAGUAUCAGCGACCGUUGGCCGUUAAGAGGGGCAUCGUCAGAUCCAGAUGUCAAACGUGGACCUCGGAUAUGAGAGACAAACUUAUGUCACCGAGCGCAUUGCAUCAAGGUAUUAGAAGAAGUACCAGCACCGGAGCCGUUCGGAAGCCGUGGCGAUGACGAGACAGAGUGCCUUACGACGUUGAUUAAGCGACACACCAAUUUCAAUCCUUCAAAGCGUGCGGAGUUGCGCGCAGCUCUCGUACCGAAUUAUAUUACUUGGAGCGUUAGCGGUUUCUGCCUUCAAGAAGCGGACUAGUGCCUGAUUUUCCGACGAAUUUAUUUUAUAUUAUUGUUAUUUCUCGACUGACGUAAUAUUUAUCUGUGAUACGUGUAUAUCCAACACACAGCUUCCUGUUUUAUAUUUAUUAAACAAAGGAUUCAGACAAGAAUUCCGUUGUAUAUCCGAGAAUGAAAUAUGCCAAAUGUAACAAAUCGAUUUUAUCGUCGGAAAAUUUAUCGUGUAAAGAAGAAUCUUCCGUAAUAAAGUAUGCUUUAAGUUAAAUUCUA